ACUGCCAGCUCUCUGACUCCAGCACAAGGCGGCGAGGAGGGAGACGACAGAGCCGCUGGUGUUGGACGCUGGCCGGAUGGUUAAAUCUAACCUACAGACGAUUUUGAAUAGUCAUUGUUUUGUAAGAGAAAAAGAGAGAAACUUAUCCGAGAUGCCUGUUAUUGAGCAAUCCAGUAAUACACCUGAACGUGAAAGUAUGUCCAGUCCCAGGAGGGGCUCCCGCUGUUGCAGUAACCCGUGUCUGGGGCCUCUGUGGUGCUCCGAUGCCCCUCACCCACCCCUGAAGAUCCCAGGUGGGCGAGGGAAUGACCAGCGGGAUCGCAAUCUUUCAGCUAAGCUAUUCUAUUCUGAUACUCAGUUGCUGGUUCUUGAGGAGCCCCCCCCCGCCAACGGCAGAGUGCGCUUCUUGCUCUUCGAGCCCCGUCGCUCUGAGGGCAAGCACUGCGUCUGGAGGGCCGCGCUGAAAGGAGGGAACCUCUACGUCGAAAUCCCUCCCGGAGCUUUGCCCGAGGGCAGCAAAGACAGUUUUGCUCUUCUGCUGGAGUUUGCAGAAGAGCAGCUGCAGGUCGGUCACGUGUUCAUCUGUUUUCACAAGAACCGCGACGACAGAGCCUCCCUGCUGCGCACAUUCAGUUUCCUGGGCUUUGAGAUUGUGAGACCGGGUCAUCCCCUCGUCCCCUCCCGCCCCGACGCUUUCUUCAUGGCUUACAGCAUCGAGCGAGACUCCUCCUCCUCCGACGACGAUUAAAUGACGCUGAGCAGUUACAGAAGUUGCUCUCAUUUCAAUCCACACCCACCCAGCUUUAUGAUUUCUCUGUUUUGAGAAAUUAAUAUAUUAUCCAAGUUCAGUAUGGUCGAGGUUUCCCCCGUUUUGUUUGUUUUUCCCUUUAGCUACCAUGUGCUGUGUUUCUAUGGUAUUUGCACUAGGGUAAAAUGUUAAUCUACCAGGAAUAUAGAGCAAGCGCCCACAUAAUAUCUGGGCAUCGUGUCCUCGCCACUGUAUUACUCUUCAUAAUGUGUAGUGCUGACCUCCCAUGAACACCCCACGACGAUCAUCUCCACACUGUAAUAUUUAUGAUAAAUUCUAAUUCAUCUUACUCGUGUAAGUCGAUCUAUUUUCAUAGUAUCAGUUGAUCCUCCUGUUAAUCUUUUUUUAUUUUUCAAUGUGUGCAUGAUUUUCAUUUGUUGUUUGAUUCACUUGAUAGAAAUCUGCAUGUGGUAACUACUAAAUAAAAGUGCACCUAAGUGAA